AUACAAAAAGAGAGGCAAUACGUCUAGUAAAGAAAGUCCAACCACCUCACAAUUAAACUAGCACUGCAGAGGAAGUUCCAGAAACUAUAACUUGAACUGUUCCCAUGGCCAACAUGGAGGACGAACAUCCGGUCAAAAAUCAUGCGCCGGGAGUUGACUAUGAAUAUCCCCAUAUGACCCCGCACCGCUGGGUUGGCGGUUAUUACAUCACUCAAGAGACCGCUCGCAACAAGUUAAUGCCGGCCCUGGGAUACGAAUCUCCGGAACCUGACGACUACGACAGGAACCAUGACAUGCAUUACCUUAUCAACCAUUAUUUGGCGGAAAACGACGUAAUGACCGCAAUGGCAUGUCUGCACAGACUUGAGCCCACAGAAAAGGGAGGUGUCCUCUUGGCUACGCAUAUUGAAAUCUUGCCAUGCCCAUGUUUGCCGGGUCAAAAAAUGGAAGAGGAUGCACAUGAUAUUGAGAUAAAGAACUGGCUGCUGACAACGGGCAAUCUCGACGAGAUGGAGGUGAAAUGGGUUCAUGUGGUCGAUACGAUGACAACCGAGCUUUUGGGAAUCGAGGGUAUCAAGCCAGAGAAGGCGUGGAACUACGAAGCUCUGCUGAAGCCGACUCCAACCAUUACUAUGGAGCAGUUUGCAAAGGAGAUAAUGGCCCAAGGCGAAAUGGUGCUCCGACGGCGAUAUGAGGAAGAAGUUAAAGGGAGGUUGGAAAAUCAGGUGAAGAAGUGAAGGGUAGAUCUGAACCAGGGUAGUAUGUAACGAAAUGCCAAUCCCUUAAAUGUCCGAUUUCUUACAACAUGAUUAAUUGUCCUAACAUUGUUUCCAGAGCGAGGUGGAUAUAUAUCUUACGUGCUACAGAAUCAGCGGAAAUAUCAGCCACAUGUGCAUACCAUGGCGAGGGAGACUUUAAAGUUACAUUUUGAUAUGCUUAACUUCAUAACGGACCACCGAUAUUAGCCC